AUGCAUCACCAAACCAAGCUAGAUGUAUUUAUAAUUAGAGCUUAUAAUUUACUCUCAAAUGAGUCUGUCAUUAGUGGCGCUUCUUUACAAAGUGUUACGAACUCGCCGCAGACAGCAACGAACACACCGUCUGGUAUGGUUAAUGGGAUGGCAGGAACAGGGAUUGCUAAUCCAUCAGGGUUGAUGGGGUCUGAUAGUACACCUAAUAUCGAUGAGAUUAUAACUAGCGCCGGUAGCAGUGCGCUGGCGAAAACUAACUCUGAUAGUGCCAAUGUAACGCCGAAUGGUAAUUCAAGUUCCACCUCAGCCAUAAGCAAUACAAGCAAUCCUACCAACACCGCCAACAAUGCAAACUCUAGCACAACGUCAAAUGGAAUUUACACACAAGCUCAAUAUUCUCAACUUUUUGCCAAGAUAUCAAAACUGUAUAACGCUACACUAUCGUCCGGAUCGAUUGACGAUAGAUCAACGUCACCGAAAUCGGCAAUCGAAUUAUACCAGAGAUUUCAACAAAUCAUUAAGGAACUUGAACUAAGUUUUGAGGCAAGCCCUUACGCAAAAUAUUUCCGUCGCUUGGAUGGAAGACUUUGGCAAAUCAAGACAGACUCAGAGUUGGAAAACGACGAAUUAUGGCGACUAGUCUCCAUGAGCAUAUUUGGCGUAUUCGAUCCCCAAACGGGCCAGAUUUUGACUCAAGGACGUAGAAAGGGGAACUCUUUAAAUACAUCCACCAAGGGUUCUCCAUCUGAUUUGCAAGGAACAAACAAUGGGAACAAUAAUGGAAGUAAUGGUAACAUCGGAAAUGGAAACAACAUCAAAAACUAUGGAAAUAAAAACUUGACGAACAAUCGAACAAAAAAAAGAGGCACUAGAGUGGCUAAGAAUGUUAAAAAUGGAAAAAAUAAUAAAAAUAACAAUAAAGAGAGGAAUAACAUGGCAGAUACGAGCACAUUUGGUAACACAACGAUAAACAACCCAGGUGCCAAUAUGCUUUUUGAUCCCUCAUUAUCUCAGCAGCUACAAAAGCGACUGCAAACGCUAUCCCAAGAUGUCAAUUCUCGUUCAUUAACAGGGUAUUAUACACAGCCAACCAGUCCUGGUUCAGGUGGAUUCGAAUUUGGUCUGAGCCAUACAGACCUAAACCCUAACACUUCUGGUAAUAAUAUGGGCUAUAAUACAAUGACAAAUAAUGGAUCCCAUUCAUGGAAACGAAGGUCAUUGGGUUCAUUAGACGUUAAUACACUGGACGACGAGGCAGUAGAAGAACUUCUACAACUAACAAAUACGAAUAAGAGGCAAAGACCAAUGACAAGUACAGCAGAAGGUGCGUUAAUAAAUGAUGGUCCGGAUACCAAUCUAAACACAACCAACACCCAGAUGAAAGUUGAUCUAAAUCCUCCGAAUAAUAUGGCGUCUAUAGAUACAGAAGCUGUGGUACGCCCUUUGAAAGAAGCUUAUGAUGCUAUCAUAUCCGAGAAAGGACAAAGAAUUGUACAAUUGGAAAGGGAAUUGGAAUUACAACGCCAAGAGACGCAGUGGUUAAGGAAAAUGUUAAUCGAGGACAUGGGCUGUGUUCGGAGUAUGCUAAGAGAUUUACAAAGGUGA